GCCGGGAGACGGGCGCCGCCCGCCCCCGUCUGUCGCGACAGCGGGGAUGUCGCCAGCGGCGCUCAGCGGCCGCGACAGAGCCUGGCGGAGCCGCUCCGGCUCCGGCUCCGCUGGUCCCAGACCCGAGGCGAAGGCCGCGCUGUCUUGCGGCCGAAGUGACGGCCGUGUUCGUGCCUUUAUUGCCCAACCAUAAGUGUUUUCCCCCAUAAUUUUGUUCUGCCCUAGAAUCAUGGAGUUAUUAAAGCUGGAAGAAGCCUUUAAGAUCUCUCCCUCCGACCGCACAGCCGGCACUGCCACUGUAACCACCGAACCACAGCGCCCAGCGCCAGGGAUGGUGACUCCACCGCCUCCCUGGGCAGCCCUUCCCAAAUAUUUCCACCAAACAGUGAAAAUAUUUAAUCCGAAUCUCCCCUGUCUCAGCUUGAGGCCGUUCCCCCCGCUCCUCUGUAGACCCAGCAGAAGAGCCAGAUCCCCAGCUCACUACAACAUUUCCCAUGGUUGUAGAGAGCAGUGAGGUCCACCCCGAGUCAUGCCUUUGUGCCCGUAUUUGUCCUCCCCAUGAUUGUGCUUUAUUGCCCAACCAUAAAUGCCUCCCCCUCAUAAUUUUGUUCUGUCAUUACGUUUGACUGUCUCCCCUGCAGCAGCUCUAAAAAUAGUGGCUGCCAUUAGAACCUACAGGUUUUUGCACUUUCAAAACAGUGCAGUGAGCAAUGAUUUAAAUCCGUACAGCAUAUACAAAAUUGAUUGGAUUCCAGGGUUUUGGUAUCUGAAAACACUGAAAAAUGCACAUACUGCACAGCUGGGCAAUUCUCAGGUUUCCAAGGAAAUUCCUCACUUCCCUCACAUAAGAGCCAAUGCCGAACUCUGACUACCUAUUUUAUAUGUUAUAGUUGAAGGGAUGCAUUUCAUGCCCUACAAAUUGAUGAUGCUGGUACCAUGUGUUCAGCAUGGCACUGCCUAGAAGAGCUCUGCAUAUUUCUCAAGGCCAAAACUACCUGUUUGCAGUGACGUUUGCUAACCUACAUCCUUACUUAACACUGUGCUUAGUAUGCUUUAUAAUCCUGUUUUCUCCUAACUUGUCCUGAAAGGAGGAGAAUUACAUGGAUUUUCAUUUGUAUGAUUCUAUUAAUUUAAUAGAAAACUGCCAUGAUUCUCAGCAGUCAUGAGUUGGCUUUGCUAGAGUUAAACCCCUUUAGUAAGUACUUCUCUGCUGGAGCAAAGUUAGAGACAAUUCUUUGAAGAAGGGGCCCCUUUGCAGCUGCCUCUGAGAUUAACAGUACUGGGCUUUUAAAAAACAAUAGUUUAACUUGGGCACCAAAAACCUUUGCUUGCCAUGCUAAAUAUAAGGGGUUAGGCUUUAUUUUCACAAGUUUAAAAUACCCAGUGUAGCUCUGAAGCCUGAGGUGGGAAAAAAAGCCUUCUAUUUUCUUUCCCUCAGGAAAAGAGUUAUGCAGAGAAUGUGUGAGCAGAUAAUAGACUAAUUCAAACCUUCAGACCAGAUGUCUUCAGAAUCAUACUAUCACUCAAAUUAAAGCAUAAACAAACAUUUGUGACUGACGUAGCUCCUUCAAAUAGCUGAAUGCCUCGGUCAGGGUUGCUCAUUUUGGGACAGACUGAGAGAAAGCAGAGUCAAAAUGAAGAAGUUUCUUGUCUUUGUCUCCUUUUUGGUCCUGUUGACCACUGUUACAGACACUUCACCAAUUUUGUCUGAAAAAGAUGCCAAACAGAUGCUGAGGACUCGUCGUGAAGAGAGACCGAGGAAAGCUGGUUUCCCUGAUGAACCAAUGAGGGAGUAUAUGCUUUACCUCCAGCGCUUGGAGCAGAGAUCAGAAGAACAAUUCCUUGAACACUGGUUGAAUCCUCAUUGCCUCCCACACUGCAACAGGGACCUGGUGCAUCCAAUCUAAUGGGUUUGCCUACCCUGCAACUGAUAUAUAUAUAUAUAUAUAUACACAUGUGUUAAGGAGGACAAGAUUAUUCCUGCAUUGGCUACGUGCUCACUGUAGAGCAGAACCUCUCUGCAGUACAGUGCAAUCCUCAUGAUACAGCAGAACUUCCUGCUCUAAGUGGCUUGAUGAGUUAUAAACAACCAUGUAUUUUCUACCAGCAAUGAUUGCAUGCAUGAACAACUGAAUUGAGGGUUUCCACAGUUUCUGAGGCAACUGAUUAGUCCUAGAGUAUCCUUUUAAGGGCACAGGUUUAGACUGCCUGAAGCAAAAGGAACUUGGAGGGAGAGGUCAAUAGAAAAUUGCAGAAUACCAGCCAGCUUUCUGAGCUUUGGAGUAAUCCUUAAUUACAGUUUUCUAGGUUAAAUAACAGUAUUGCAUGAAGACACAACAUGUAUAUCACACACUGUCUUACUGCCUGAUGAGUAUUUCAUGCAUUGUUCCAUAAUAAAAGCUUGAGCCAAUUCCAUUUGCAGAUGAUUUUGUUCCCUUAGUCUCCCAUACUAAACUCACUGGAAGUGAGGCUCAGUUUUGUGUAGAAUUAAGGAAACAUCAGAGGACUUUCUAGGACCAGCAGCUGGGAAGCACUAUGGUGCAGACUAAUAAUUGUGUAGUUUCUCUGCACAAUUAUCCCUUCCCCUUGUAAUUCUUCCAGGAGGGGCAAAUGAAUCCAGCCAAUCCUUUCCUGCCUGAGAGCCUUUAUAACUUAUACCUUGGAGAAGAGUAUCUUGUACAGUCAGAUGGGAAACACAUGAUACCUGCAAAACAACAUAAAAAAUUGCUUGAUGGCUCUUAAAUGACUGCUGUGGUCUGUAAUGGCAACAGAAUUAGUUAUGAAUGGAGCAAAAUAACUUUCAGAGCUCCUCACUGCAGUCACAUUUAAAACCUGAGGACUGGGAGCAAAAUAAACCACAAUUUUAUGAAUAUCUAUAAGAUAAUUAGUGCUACAGAGCUUUUGAUAGACUGAAAUAGAUCAACAGUUUUUCUGGUAUACUUUCCUUCCAGUAAAACAGCUCUCCUAGAUGACUCCAAGGAAAUAAUUUAAAUCUCAAAGCAUCAAAGGCUUGCUUUCCCCUACUGCCAAGAUAAAUCAUAGAUUAAAUCUGCAAGUGUGAAAAAGUAUAAUGAGGCUGCUAUUGUGUGCUUCAUUCAUAACUCUCUGAACAGAGAGAUCUAGAUUUGCAUAUCCCUGACUUAAAGUCAUUAGGUGAAAUCCUGUCUCUGUUUUUAUUUGCACAGUGAAAAAUUCAUUGGUGACAAUUAUGUCAACUUUCACCCUGUGAAAGUCAAUUUUCAAGUACUUCUUUGAAAUAAAAGAACUCCCACCUAGUUAUACUCAGGGAAGGUUAAGUAGAAGGUUCUACUCAGUUCUUCUCAGUAACACUGAGAUAAUCCUAAAGCAAACAUGGAACAGAGAUUGUUCAUUGCUUUGAAGUUUGCUUUUCCACAUGAGGGUGGAAGGAUCUCAUGUAGGUAUCUCCAAUGAAAAGUUAAGUAUUAUUAAGUCUAAUUAACAAGGAGAAAACUAGAAAUAUAGAAGGGUGAAGUACUUCUGAUCACUAAUUCACAUUCUCUGCCACUUCAUAAGGGAAGGAAUUAUAUGUAGUGUUGAGAGCCUUUAGCCCACAUUGGUGUCAGGCUGAUGGGCAAAGGAGCCAACUCAUAUUUGCACUCAUGUUCAGAUCAAACCCAUCUCUCUUAUACGUAUCUACCCUUCUGUUCUGGGCUAGAACUGACCACUGAAGAACCUCGUGGUCCCUCAAGGCGAGAAAAGCAGCAGACACCAUAGAGAUCUUUCAUCCAAAGCUCUGCUGUGCUUUAAUUCCUCUAUAGUUGAACUAGAUUGAAUGUGUUCAAGGAUUAGUUGCAGGUUUGUUUUUGUCCAUGUUUAAACUCUCAGGGGAAAAUGCUGGACUUUCCUACAUGCCUGCAAACCAGAAGAGCAAGCAUUCUGAAAGUCGUAUACUGAAGGUGAGAAAGCUGGAAAAACAGUUGUCUUCCAAAUGCUUUCAAAGAGAAGGAUUAAAACAGACCUGGGAAAACCUUUCAUCCAUGAUAAGCAUAAUCAUAAUCUCCAAUCAUUGACCUGUUUUACAUCCAGUGUCUUUCCCAAGCUGAGGAGCUGCCCACUAGAUGCCACUGUUUCUGCACACAACCAGGAUCACAGCCCACAGGGACUGUGAAAGCUCCACAUCCCUCUUCCUCCCUCUUGCUUUUUAACUCCUUUUCUUAAAAUGUUCAGCUUAAUUGAUCAAAAUCAAAAGUCACCUCUAACUCAUAAAAUAAAGACCUUCAGCAAAUGUC